CAGUGUGCAGGUCUGGGAGACACCCCGAAGGUCUCAGGGGCCGUUUCUCUGGAGCAGUCGCUUCCCGAGGACUCUCCAAAUUCUUCCCUCCAACACUUGCUGCUUCCCUGUGUCUCUGAGAUGAAUGGAUGAGUCGGAACCAUGGUGCAGAAGAAGAAGUUCUGUCCUCGGCUGCUGGACUAUCUAGUGAUCGUGGGGGCUAGGCACCCGAGCAGUGACAGUGUGGCUCAGACCCCGGAGCUGCUGCGACGGUACCCACUGGAGGAUCAUGCGGAAUUUCCCCUGCCCCCCGAUGUCGUGUUCUUCUGCCAGCCAGAGGGCUGCCUGAGCGUGCGGCAGCGGCGCCUGAGCCUACGGGAUGACACCUCCUUUGUCUUCACCCUCACGGACAAGGACACUGGCGUCACGCGUUAUGGCAUCUGUGUCAACUUCUACCGCUCCUUCCAGAAACGCCUGCCUAAGGAGAAGGGGGAUGGUGGGAUGGGGCAUCGAGGGAAGGAAGGCCCCCGGGCCCCCGGGGCCUCGGAAGAGACUGGCACUGGGGGCAAUGAGAGCUCAGAGAGCGGCUCGUCCCUGCAGCCGCCCAGUGCUGACUCCACCCCAGAUGUCAACCAGUCUCCUCGGGCCAAACGCCGGGCCAAGGGUGGCAGCCGGUCCCGGAACAGCACCCUGACGUCGCUGUGCGUGCUCAGCCACUACCCCUUCUUCUCCACCUUCCGGGAGUGUCUCUACACCCUCAAGCGUCUGGUGGACUGUUGCAGUGAGCGGUUGCUGGCCAAAAAGCCGGGCAUCCCUCGAGGCAUACAGAGGGACACUAUGUGGCGCAUCUUCACUGGGUCACUGCUUGUGGAGGAGAAGCCGAGUGCCCUGCUGCACGACCUCCGCGAGAUUGAGGCCUGGAUCUACCGGCUGCUGCGCUCCCCUGUCCCCGUCUCCGGGCAGAAGCGAGUAGACAUUGAAGUUCUACCCCAGGACCUCCAGCAGGCCCUGACCUUCGCCCUCCCAGACCCCUCUCGGUUCUCCCUCGUGGAUUUCCCGCUGCACCUUCCCUUGGAACUCCUCGGUGUGGAGGCCUGCCUUCAGGUGCUCACUUGCAUCCUGUUAGAGCACAAGGUGGUGCUUCAGUCCCGUGACUACAAUGCACUCUCCAUGUCCGUGAUGGCCUUCGUGGCCAUGAUUUACCCGCUGGAGUACAUGUUUCCUGUCAUCCCCCUGCUGCCCACGUGCAUGGCGUCCGCUGAGCAGCUGUUGUUGGCUCCAACCCCCUACAUCAUUGGAGUCCCUGCCAGCUUCUUCCUCUACAAGCUGGACUUCAAAAUGCCAGAUGAUGUGUGGCUCGUGGAUCUGGACAGCAAUAGGGUGAUUGCGCCCACCAAUGCUGACGUACUUCCUGUCCUGCCAGAGCCAGAGUCAUUGGAGCUGAAGAAACAUCUAAAGCAGGCCCUUGCCAGCAUGAGUCUCAACACCCAGCCCAUCCUCAACCUGGAGAAAUUCCACGAGGGCCAGGAGAUCCCCCUUCUCUUGGGGAGGCCUUCGAGCGACUUGCAGUCCACACCUUCCACUGAGUUCAACCCCCUCAUCUAUGGCAACGAUGUCGACUCCGUGGAUGUGGCGACCAGAGUGGCCAUGGUCCGUUUCUUCAACUCCCCCAACGUGCUGCAGGGCUUUCAGAUGCACACACGUACCCUGCGCCUCUUCCCUCGGCCUGUGGUCGCUUUCCAAGCCGGCUCCUUUCUAGCGUCCCGCCCCCGGCAGACGCCUUUCGCUGAGAAGCUGGCGAGGACGCAGGCUGUGGAGUACUUUGGAGAGUGGAUCCUUAACCCCACCAACUACGCCUUUCAGCGAAUUCACAACAACAUGUUUGACCCGGCCCAGAUUGGGGACAAGCCAAAGUGGUACGCUCACCAGCUGCAGCCCAUCCACUACCGGGUGUAUGACGGCAACUCCCAGCUGGCCGAGGCGCUGAGUGUGCCGCCAGAGCGUGACUCGGACUCAGAGCCACCGACGGAUGACAGUGGCAGUGACAGCAUGGACUACGACGACUCGAGCUCGUCCUAUUCCUCUCUGGGUGACUUCGUCAGUGAAAUGAUGAAGUGUGAUAUCAGCGGGGAUACUCCAAAUGUGGAUCCUCUGACGCAUGCAGCGCUGGGGGAUGCCAGCGAGGUGGCAAUUGAUGAGCUGCAGAGUCAGAAGGAGGAAGCGGAGGAGCCAGGCCCGGAGAGCGAGACAUCUCAGGAAGGCCCCGUGCCGCACCCCAGCUCCAGCACCACCGCCAGCAGGAGCCCCGGCACUGUGGUCCACGGAACCAGCUCUGAAUCUGCGGACUCCACAGAAACUGAGGACAAGGCAUCUAUAAGUGCCUCCAGACCACUGUCUGCUAUGGGCCCCGGCAUCGGGAAAGCGAGUGUGGAGAGACGUCAGCCGGAAAUUGGAGAGGGGGCGCAGAAGCUGCUGCGGCCCAGCAGCCUCAGGUUGGCCAGUGACUCUGAGGCAGAGUCUGACUCCCGGGCCAGCUCGCCCACCUCCACCGUCUCCAAUAACAGCACAGAGGGCUUCGGCGGCAUCAUGUCUUUUGCUAGCAGCCUGUAUCGGAACCACAGCACAAGCUUCAGCCUUUCAAACCUCGCGCUGCCCACCAAAGGGGCCCGAGAAAAGACCACACCCUUCCCCAGUCUGAAAGUAUUUGGGCUAAAUACUCUAAUGGAGAUUGUUACUGAAGCCGGCCCCGGGAGUGGUGAAGGAAACAGGAGGGCCUUAGUGGACCAGAAGUCAUCUGUCAUUAAGCAUAGCCCAACAGUGAAACGAGAACCCCCGUCACCCCAGGGUCGGUCCAGCAACUCUAGCGAGAACCAGCAGUUCCUGAAGGAGGUGGUGCACAGCGUGCUGGACGGCCAGGGUGUCGGCUGGCUCAACAUGAAGAAGGUGCGGCGGCUGCUGGAGAGCGAGCAGCUGCGAGUCUUCGUCCUGAGCAAGCUGAGCCGCACGGUGCCGCCUGAUGACGGGGGCCGGCAGGACGUCAUCCCAGAUGUGGAGAUCAGCCGGAAGGUGUACAAGGGGAUGCUGGACCUGCUCAAGUGCACGGUGCUCAGUCUGGAGCAGUCCUACGCCCACGCAGGGCUAGGGGGCAUGGCCAGCAUCUUCGGGCUCCUGGAGAUUGCCCAGACCCACUACUACAGCAAAGAGCCAGACAAGCGGAAGCGAAGCCCAACGGAAAGUGCACACACGCCCGUUGGCAAGGAUCCUGGCCUGGCCGGGCGGGGGGACCCAAAGGCAAUGGCGCAGUUGAGAGUUCCCCAGCUGGGACCUCGGGCACCAAGUGCUACAGGACGGGGUCCCAAGGACCUGGACACCAGAAGCUUAAAAGAAGAGAAUUUUGUAGCCUCCAUCGAAUUGUGGAACAAGCACCAGGAGGUGAAAAGGCAAAAAGCUUUGGAAAAACCGAGGCCUGAGGGCAUCAAGCCUGCCUUUGACCUUGGUGAGACAGAAGAGAAAAAGUCCCAGGUCAGCGCCGACAGCGGUGUGAGCCUGGCAUCUGGCUCCCAGAGGACUUACCCCGACUCCAUCAUCGGCGUGAGUCCAGCUGUGAUGAUCCGAAGCUCCAGCCAGGAUUCUGAAGUUAGCACCGUGGUGAGUAACAGUUCUGGAGAAACCCUGGGAGCGGACAGUGACCUGAGCAGUAAUGCAGGGGACGGCCCAGGUGGUGAGGGCAGCGCCUACUUAGCAAGCUCUCGGGGCACUCUGUCUGACAGCGAGAUUGAGACCAACUCUGCCACCAGUGCCAUCUUUGGUAAAGCCCAUAGCUUGAAGCCGGGCGUCAGAGAGAAGCUGGGGGGCAGCCCGGUGCGCUCUUCUGAAGAUGUCAGCCAGCGCGUCUACCUCUACGAGGGGCUCCUAGGAAGGGACAAAGGAUCGAUGUGGGACCAGUUAGAGGAUGCUGCUAUGGAGACCUUUUCUAUAAGCAAAGAGCGUUCUACUCUUUGGGACCAGAUGCAGUUCUGGGAAGAUGCGUUCCUAGAUGCUGUGAUGGUGGAGAGAGAAGGGAUGGGCAUGGACCAAGGGCCCCAGGAAAUGAUUGACAGGUACCUGUCUCUGGGAGAACAUGAUCGGAAGCGCCUGGAGGAUGAUGAGGACCGCUUGCUGGCCACACUGCUGCACAACCUCAUCUCUUACAUGCUGCUGAUGAAGGUAAACAAGAACGACAUCAGGAAGAAGGUGCGGCGCCUGAUGGGAAAGUCACACAUCGGGCUUGUGUACAGCCAGCAAAUCAAUGAAGUGCUCGACCAACUGGCCGACCUGAAUGGACGUGAUCUCUCUAUCCGGUCCAGUGGCAGCCGGCACAUGAAGAAGCAGACAUUUGUGGUCCAUGCAGGCACAGACACAAAUGGAGACAUCUUUUUCAUGGAGGUGUGUGACGACUGCGUGGUGCUACGGAGCAACAUCGGGACCGUGUACGAGCGCUGGUGGUAUGAGAAGCUCAUCAACAUGACCUACUGCCCCAAGACCAAGGUGCUGUGCCUGUGGCGCAGGAACGGCUCCGAGACGCAGCUCAACAAAUUCUAUACCAAGAAGUGCCGGGAGCUGUACUACUGUGUCAAGGACAGCAUGGAGCGCGCCGCAGCCCGGCAGCAGAGCAUCAAGCCCGGACCUGAGCUGGGGGGCGAGUUCCCCGUGCAGGACAUGAAGACGGGCGAGGGCGGCCUGCUGCAGGUCACCCUGGAAGGGAUCAACCUCAAGUUCAUGCACAACCAGGUUUUCAUAGAGCUGAAUCACAUUAAAAAGUGCAAUACAGUUCGAGGCGUCUUUGUCCUGGAGGAAUUUGUUCCUGAAAUUAAAGAAGUGGUGAGCCACAAGUACAAGACGCCAAUGGCCCACGAGAUCUGCUACUCCGUGCUGUGUCUCUUCUCGUACGUGGCUGCGGUUCGGAGCAGUGAGGAAGAUCUCAGAACCCCACCCCGGCCCGUGUCGAGUUGAUGGAGGGGGCUGGGGAUGCCCCCGCGCCUGGGUGGCGAGUGCUCAUGCUCGCACUCCCGGUGACGGUUCCAGCGUGUCUCCAUGCGCCUGUCCCCCUCACCCCCAAGCCUGCUGUCGCCUCAGGGCUCCCGAUUGUUCCUCUGUCUGGUCUGGUCUGGUCUGGUCUGUUUGUCCGUCUGUCUGGCCAGUGGCUUCUCAGGAAAGGUGUGCGCCACAGAGUGAGCCGCUGGCACUGUUCGUGAUACACCUGUGUUGUGGUUCUUGUCUUGGUGUUGGGAUCUCCGCGCAGCACUCCAGCCCUGACCCUGGGACUCGGGGGUGCUGGCAGAGUGAGCGGCCACCUCCCCGCUUCCUCCCGCACCCCCUGCACCCUCCCCCAGUCAGGGAGCCCCCAGGGGCUGGGCGGCACUGUGACCCUCCCUGCAGCUGGCCUUGCCUUCCUGUGCUUGGGGUCAGGAGUGUCCUGGGGGGGUCUCUGGCCGCCGUGACCCAGAGCCAGAGCAAGGUGGGGACAGGCCAGCUCAGCGCACACAUCUGUGUCUGGUGGCUCUGGGCCUGGGAGCGGGGAGGCACAGCCUGGGAGGGGCCGAGAGAUGGUUGUAAAUACCCGCACUCCGCAUUAUUUAUAGAAAGUGUACAGAUGUGUGACUGUGAAAUAAACGUCCUUCACCCCUUUGG